UUAAAUGUACUGUACGUCCAAAGAUGGCAGCUCAAGUCGACUUGCUCCGUGCCAAAGUAGAAGAAGAAAAUGUGAGGAUUGACAGUCUGGAUAGAUUCAUUAGAGAGAAGAAAAAGAAGAAGAGAAGGGACCUGUCGCCGCCCGCUGACAAACGGGACAAGUGGGUGAAAGAAGCGAAGAGAGUGAAGCUCCCUCAGCACCCGAACCAGCAACACGCUGAGCCCCGGACCCAGCAGCCGCAUCAGCUGCAGCAAAACCCGAAAGCCCACAAGUUCAGCGGAGAUAAACAUGUCUUGCACAGCCGCCACCACCGCCACCAGCAACAGCAGCACCACAACCGCAGUCUUACCAAUGGUACAAAGAACCUGCAGCCGACUUUGCCUCCUCCGCCUCCGCGGAAGGUACCGGAGCAGCUGCAGAAGAAGCGAGCGGUGCUCCCCGAACCACCUGCGCUCUUCACUUUCACGCCUCUCAAAAUGGUCAAGGCCAAGCCCCAGGAACUCAAAGACCAGCACCGGGAUAAAGACCUGAAACUGAAGCUCAAGAAGGAAAACACCGAGGCGAAUGUGAAACACGCAGAACUGAAGAAAAGCAAGGAGCCGAGGCCCCACAAUGAGAAUGGCAAGUCUCUAACACUGGAGGAAUAUCUCCUGAAGAAGAAAAAGAAGAAGAAGAAGCACCGUGAGGAUGAGCACAGUGGCAAGAAGGUCCGAUACGUGCACAACAAAGCCGUUCAGACUGUGUGUGCAGGGCUCGGAGCAGAUCUCAAUCUGCCCGUUUGCCCCGAUCCAUCUCUGCCCGGCACCGUGAAGCACGAAAGCGACUGCCAGCCCGGCAGAGACACUAUCGAGAACCACCAACCCUACCUCCGCGCUCUCAAACUGGGACACGUCCCCUUCCUGUCCCACCAAGACCACUACAUCCGCAGCUCCUGCCUCCAGACAGGCACCUGGUGCGGACGCUUCAUGCAUGAGGAAAGGCAAGCCAAUGGCGGGGGAUCCGUUCUGCAUGCCUACGCUGACGAGAUAGCUUGUCUCAGCCCGGCUGAGAUGGAGUGCUUCGCCCAGGAGUUUCUGGAGCUGGCCUUUGCGGAGAAGCCUCGAGGUGCAGCCUCGUAUGCCUUGGCAGUGGUGCACAGGGCAGCCGCCUUCCUGCCCGACUUCCUGGACUACUUUGCCUUCAACUUCCCAAACACACCAGUCAAAAUGGAGAUACUGGGCAAGAAAGACAUUGAGACUACCACCAUUGCCAACUUUCACUCUCAGGUGAGCCGGACUUACUGUUCAGGAACCUACCGGUCCGGACCCAUGAGGCAGAUCAGCUUGGUGGGAGCUGUGGAUGAGGAAGUUGGAGACUUUUUCCCAGAGUUCCUCGACAUGCUGGAGGAGUCGCCCUUUCUCAAGAUGACCCUACCGUGGGGAAGCCUCUCCAGUCUGAAGCUGGACUGUCGCUCUCAGAGUGACGAUGGGCCCAUCAUGUGGGUACGACCGGGGGAACAAAUGGUACCCACCGCUGACAUGCCCAAGUCUCCAUUCAAAAGACGCAGGUCCAUGAAUGAGAUCAAAAACCUCCACUACCUGCCGAGGGCCAGUGAACCCAGAGAGGUUCUGUUUGAGGACCGGACUAAGGCCCAUGCUGACCAUGUAGGCCAGAGCUUUGACUGGCAGAGCACCGCUGCUGUGGGGGUUCUGAAGGCGGUGCACUUUGGAGAAUGGAAUAACCGACCUCGGAUAACCAAAGACGUGGUGUGUUUCCAGGCGGGGGACUUCAACGACGUUGUCCAGAGGCUGCAGCUGGAUCUGUAUGAGCCCCCAGUGUCUCAGUGUGUCCAGUGGGUGGACGAUGCCAAGCUCAACCAGCUGAGGAGAGAAGGCAUCCGCUACGCCCGCGUCCAGCUGUGUGACGACGACAUCUACUUCAUCCCACGCAACGUCAUCCACCAGUUCAAGACGGUGUCGGCGGUCUGCAGCCUGGCCUGGCACAUCCGCCUCAAACGGUACCAUCCAGAGGGGGAGGACCGGGAGGAGCCCAGUGAUCUCAGCCCCACCUCAGGGCGAUUCUCCUUCUCCUCCCCGGCCAGGCCCGACGCCACCGUGACCCCCUGUGCCCGGCCACAGGGAGACAACACCCGUGGGGGCGUGGCCAAGACUGAAGAGCCAGAGUUCCAGAGGCCAGCGUCGCCUCCCCAGGAGCCUCAGCCGGCCCCUCCACAGCCCACCAAAUCUGCUCACUUGCCCCCAAGACACCAGAACCCCCCCCUUUCCUUUGAACCAGUCCACCCUGGAUGUACACCUUCAACAGAGCCCACCCUUACAAAAGAUUUCGGCCGCACUGCGGGGUUCCCGAAAUGACCCCCCCCAAUAUCUCACUCCAUCUCUGCCCACUGCAGAGGAGCGUAUGGGAAGGACUCGUCGACUAAAACUGACAUCUGAGUCAAUCACGAAGCCUUCUCAUUAUUCAUCGCACUUCUUUCUUUUUUAUCUUUAAAUGUUGAUCAAAUGUUCCCGUAUGUUUUUCAGUCAAAGGGACUUAAUGGGACUAUGUAACACAUUUUGUUCUUUUUUUUGUUUUGUUGAUAGCACCUGAACUCUCUACUGUCUCAUUCAAAAAAAUUUUAGACUGAUAAUAUGAGUUUCCACACUAAAGCUUGAUUUAUGGUUCUGCGUUGAAUCUACGCUGUAGCCACGGUACGUAGGUACGUGUACAUACGGACCCUACGCCCUACACUUCGGACACGACGCAGACCACAACCGCUGUGAUUGGUCCGCUCGGCCGUGGCUUGGUAGCGUCUCAUUUCCCCCUACUCAUGUCCUGCUUCUC